AUGCAUGGAAGAAGAGCAAAUCACUCAAAAGAUGAAAAUUUUAAAUUAGAAAAAGUUAAAGAAUUGAUUUUUGUAAUAAACAAUUUAACUAAAAAGAAAAAAAAUAAUACUUAUGAAAAAGAACAUAUAGAAAUAACCUGUAUGAUUUUAAAAAAAUGUCCAUACGUGCAGACCUUAUGGAAUUAUAGAAGAGAAUAUUUUGAAUCAAUUAAAGAUGAAUACGUUAAAGAAAAUGAAGAAAUUUAUGUAGAAGAUGAAGGGGAUGAUAGAAAAAAUUGUACUAAAAAAAAUCUGGAUGAAUUAAGAAAAAUAAUUAAAAAUGAGAAUACAAUGGUUGAAGAUGUUUUAAAAAAAUUUAAUAAAUGUAAUGAGUUAUGGUUUCAUAAACUAUGGUUAAUAAAAUACUCCUUAAAAAAUAAUUUAAUAAAUGUUUUUGAUUUAUUAAAUGAGUUAGAAUUCUGCAAAAGUUGUUUUCUUAUUGAUGAUAGAAAUUAUCAUUGCUGGAAUUACAGAUCAUAUAUAAUAGCUUGUAUAAAUAUUUCCCUUAGAAAAUUAAAACAUGAAGAAAAAGAAAAUGUUGACUUAAAAAAAGUUAAUGUUGAUUUUAAUGUUUAUAAAAUAAAUUAUGAUUUAUCAAAGAUGUUAAUUGAAAUGAACUUUUCUAAUUUUUCUGCUUGGUUUUUGAAAUACUCAUUAAAAGAGUCAUUAGUUGAUACUGGAGAAGAAUUAUACUUAAUUAAAAAUGCUAUUUUUACUGAUCCUUUUGAUCAAAGCUUAUGGGAAUUUUACAAAUGGUUUCUUUUUCAAAAAGGGAACUAUGAAGAAGAUGUAUUUUUUAUUCUUUUAGAUAAUAAUUGUUUUUUUUUUUUUUUUCAAAAUUUAGUUAAAGUAAAUAUAUCAAAAUGUAAAUGUUAUGAUUCAAAAAGCAAUGAAAUAAAUGGUCAGUGGGAUAAACAAACUAUUACUAUAAAUAAUUCAAGUAAUAAUUUAGAAUCUUUUGUAUAUAUUUUUAAAAUUAAUAAAGAUGUAAAUUUGAGUGAAGUUACAUAUUUAAAAUUUGUUAUAUAUUAUUUUAAAUAUAAUAUAUAUAAACCUGAUAAAAUAUAUUAUGAAAAAAAUAUAUUACAAGAUUUAUUAAUUGGUUGUGACUACUUAAAUGAAGAAAAUAAAUUUGAAUACGUUAUUACCUAUGAAGUCGAUUUUCAAAAGUUUUCAAAAAAUAAAAACUUUAAGAUAUUACUAGAUUAUAAUAAAAAAAAUAGAAUAUGUAAUGAAAAGCUUUAUCAAAUAGAUUAUAGAAAUCAAUAUUGUAAUUUAUAUAAAUAUAUAAAUUACUCCGGUAUAUCCUUAAGUUUAGGAAAAUCUACUGACUUCAAUUUAUUAUAUUCCGAACUUGAACAAAUUAAUGAGUUACUAAAUUUAGAAAAUAAGUGCAAAUUUGCAUUGCUUACAAAAUUUGAAAUAUUAAAAAGAUUAGAAAAAUUCAAAGAAGUAUUUGAAGUACUUGAAUUGUUGAAAGAAGUUGAUUAUACUAGAAUAGAAUAUUAUAAAGACAUGGAAGUAGAAUUGAAAAUAAAAAAAAAAAUACAUGAUUAUUACCAGGAUUUCGAAAUAGAAAAUAAUAAUAAGAUAUUAGAUCUAAAUAAUUUAGGUAUUAACGAUCUAAUUUAUCCUCUGAUGAUUGAAGCAUUUUUUAUAUAUAAAAUUAAUUUAUCUAACAAUCUCAUAUCGGAAUCAUAUACAGGAAAAUUUGCAUUAAAUUUUUUAUAUAAUUUGAGGGAAUUAUAUUUAAAUAAUAACCAAAUAAAAAAUUUUACUAUUCUUAUGAAGAAUUUAUAUAAUCUUAAACUAUUAGAGAAACUUGAUGUAAGCAACAACAUCUUAGUAAAUUUAGAUGAAAAUCUUGAUAAAUUUGCAUUCAUUAUAUUACCAUUAUUGAAGGAUAUCAAUAUUAGUUAUAGCAACCUUUCUUUACUUUUAAAAGAUAAAUAUAAAGAUAAAAAUAAAUUAAACACUUACGAUGUUAUUAGGGAUAAUGAUAACAUAAUUUUAUCGAAAUUUCAAUAA